AUGUCUUUCCUUCAUAAUCAUUCUUGCGAGUGCGUUAAGUCAGAAUUGGAUUUGUUUGCACUACCGUCUACACAAACUAGCAUUGAAAAUGGAUUGUGGAUUCAUUAUAAACCAAUUUCAUCUCUUGGUGAUGAUGGACCUAUCGAGUUUCAAGUUCCUGGGACCGGCGAUGACUACAUAGAUUUGUCUCAUACAUUACUCCACAUAAAGGCAAAAGUAUUAAAUCAAGAUUCAACUAACUUGGUAUCUACUACAAUAGUAGCACCUGUAAAUAAUUGGCUGCAUUCACUUUUUAGUCAACUUGAUGUUUAUUUAAACCAAAAACUUGUAUCACCACCUAAUAAUACCUAUGCAUAUCGAGCAUACAUGGACACCCUUUUAAACUAUGCCCCUGCUGCUAAACAAUCUCAUCUUACUUGUAGUCUUUGGUAUGAGGAUACAGCAGGAAAAAUGGAUUCUACAGAUGGUAAAAACAUAGGAUUUGUUAAAAGACAGGAAUUGAUUAGUGAAAGUAAGGAAAUAGAAAUGAUUGGUCAUCUUCACGGUGACAUUUUUAACCAAGAUAAAUUUUUAAUUAAUGGUGUUGAAAUGAGUGUUAAAUUGGUUCGAUCAAGAGAGAGUUUUAAUUUAAUUGUUGGGUCAAACGAUGUAAAGUUUAAAGUUUGCAUUACGGACGCAACUCUUAUUGUUCGACGAGCACGAAUUAAUCCAAGUGUAUUACUCGCACAUCAAAAAGUUUUAGCUUCUACCACUGCUAAAUAUCCUAUUACUCGAGCUGAAGUAAAAGUUUUAACAAUUCCUUCGGGUGUUCAAGGAAAAACUCUUGAUAAUAUAUUUUUAGGACAGGUACCGAAAAGAUGUAUAAUUGGAUUUGUGAACAAUUCUGCAUUUAAUGGUUCCCUUACUAAAAAUCCAUUUAACUUUGAAAACUAUGGUAUUAAUUCUUUCAGCUUGUAUAUUGAUGGUCAACAAAUACCUUCAAAAGCUUUGCAACCAUCUUUUAAUAAUAGCAUAUUUACAUCAGCAUAUCAUACUCUAUUCUCGGGAACUGGUAUUCACUUUCUUAAUGAAGGAAAUGGAAUCUCUUGUGAACAGUAUGGCAAAGGUUACUGUCUAUUAGCAUUUGACUUAACUCCUGAUUUAUCAGCUAACUCAUCAACUCAUUGGAAUCUCAUAAAGCAUGGUAGUGUAAGAACAGAAGUACGAUUUGAAUCCUCAUUAAUACAAACAAUUAACUGUAUAGUUUAUGCUGAGUUUGAUAAUAUUAUUGAGAUAGAUAAAAACAGAAAUGUUACUGUAGACUAUAGUAGUUAA